AUGUUUCCAUUUUUACCUGCAUAUAACGUUCAUCUAUAUUGCUAUUAUACAAGAGAACAACUCGAUCACCUUUUUGCCUUCAAAAUCCUCUUCCGUCGUACCUUCUAUACUGUUCUGCCUCAUCUGUUAUCCUCUUCUGCCUCACCUGCUAUCCUCUUCCGCCUCACCUUCUAUCCUCUUCCGCCUCACCCGCUAUCCUCUUCUGCCUCACCUGCUAUCCUCUUCCGCCUCACCUGCUAUCCUCUGCGCACUCACCCGCUAUCCUCUUCUGCCUCACCUGCUAUCUUCUUCCGCCUCACCCGCUAUCCUCUUCUGCCGCACCCUGCUAUCCUUUUCUGCCUGACCUGCUAUCCUCUUCCAUCUCACCUGCUAUCCUCUUCCGUCGUACCUGCUAUCCUCUUCUGCCUCACCUCCUAUCCUCUUCUGCCUCACCUGCUAUCCUCUUCUGCCUCACCUGCUAUCCUUUUCCGCCGUACCUGCUAUCAUCUUCCGCCGUACCUGAUAUCCUUUUCUGCCUCACCUCCUAUCCUCUUCUGCCUCACCUGCUAUCCUCUUCCGCCUCACCUGCUAUCCUCUUCCGCCGUACCUGCUAUCCUCUUCUGCCUCAUCUACUAUCCUCUUCCGACUCACCUGCUAUCCUCUUCUGCCGCAGCUGCUAUCCUCUUCCGCCUCACCUGCUAUCCUCUUCUGCCUUACCUGCUAUCCUCUCCCGCCUCACGUGCUAUCCUCCCCCGCCGCACCUUUGAGGGGCGCUGGACCGUUUGA